UUUCUCGCUACAUUAAAUAUUUCCACAAGAUGGCGCUAAACUUAGUUAAUCGGUAACCUGGUCUACAAACAAGUUUUGUCUAUGAUUCAUCAAGUUCUGGGCUCUGUGCACCACACAACCCUCUUUUAGGCAUCAGGGAUAACUGUGAGUAGCAUUAAUAGAUCGGCAAAACACAUUUUCUAUCGGUAGUACACACCCCAAAAAACAUUCAGUGUAAUUUCCAAGCAAUGUAUUUGCCCUUAGCUACAUUUAAUAUAAAACAGACUACCAAAUUUAUAAGGGAAAACUUCCUGGCUCUCGCAGAAGUAAUUGCGCUUUUCCUGCUCUUUUUUAUUUUAUUUAAACCCAAAUACGCUGAGAAAUAAACACGAGGAGGGUGUUCACACCAGCAGACCACACAUACAUUGACCUCCCAUGAUAAGAGGAGAGAAGCGACCCCCUGUCCUGCUCAGACAAACUCGCCCACAUACACGGAGCGACCUGCCGAAGCGGAGACGCGCUGAUACCGUGCGCUAUUCGCUCCCCGGGUGAAGCGCAGAUCUACCGGAGCCUACUGCCUGCCUGCCUCCCUGCCUGCCUGUGAAAAAGUGAUGCUGUCAUAGCCCCCCUGCACCGCGGACAGAGCCUAUUUCACUCCCCCCUCCUCCUCUCCGAACCUCCCCGGAUCCUCUGUGGCUGGCUGUCGGCGGCAGCAGUGCGGAUGUGGAGCCCGCAACGCAACGCUCUACACCCGUCAGCAAGCACCGGAGAAGAAGAUGAAAUGUUUUUCCCGUUAUCUCCCGUAUCUCUUCCGCCCUCCGAGCACCAUCCUGUCCUCCACUUGCCACACCGAAGCUGACAUUAUCUCAACGGUGGAGUUUAACUCAUCGGGGGAGCUGUUGGCCACUGGGGAUAAAGGAGGCAGAGUGGUUGUCUUCCAAAGGGAGCAGGAGAGUAAGAGUCAGCCCCAGCGUCGUGGGGAGUACAAUGUUUACAGCACAUUCCAGAGCCAUGAGCCAGAGUUUGACUACCUGAAGAGUUUGGAGAUUGAGGAGAAGAUCAACAAGAUCAAAUGGCUUCCUCAGCAGAAUGCAGCAUAUUUUCUGCUUUCCACCAACGACAAGACAGUGAAGCUGUGGAAGAUCAGUGAGAGGGACAAGCGCCCUGAAGGCUACAACCUGAAGGAUGAGGACGGACGGAUCCGAGACCCAUCCACCAUCACCACUCUACGGGUGCCGGUGCUUCAGCCUAUGGAUUUGAUGGUCGAGGCUACAGCCAGGCGGGUGUUCAGCAACGCCCAUACCUACCACAUCAACUCCAUCUCUGUCAACUCCGACCUUCAGACCUUCAUCUCCACCGAUGACCUUCGGAUAAACCUGUGGAACCUGGAGAUCACCGACCGCAGCUUCAACAUUGUGGACAUCAAACCAGCCAACAUGGAGGAGCUGACGGAAGUAAUCACCUCUGCAGAGUUCCACCCGCAGGAGUGUAACACCUUUGCCUACAGUAGCAGCAAAGGUUCAAUACGCCUCUGUGACAUGAGACAGGCCGCACUCUGUGACAAGCACUGCAAAUACUUUGAGGAGCCAGAGGAUCCAUCCACUCGCUCCUUCUUCUCUGAAAUCAUCUCAUCCAUCUCUGACGUGAAGUUCAGCCACAGUGGACGCUACCUGAUGACAAGAGACUACCUCACUGUAAAGGUGUGGGACCUUCAAAUGGAGAACAAGCCGCUCGAGACGUACCAGGUUCACGACUAUUUACGGGGUAAGCUGUGUUCUCUGUACGAAAACGACUGCAUCUUUGACAAGUUUGAGUGCGUCUGGAAUGGAUCAGACAGCGUCAUAAUGACCGGCUCUUACAACAAUUUUUUCCGAAUGUUCGACCGGAAUACCAAACGCGAUGUCACACUGGAAGCAUCCAGAGAGAACAGCAAACCCAGAGCUAUUCUGAAGCCUCGCAAGGUGUGUGUAGGUGGGAAGCGGCGUAAGGAUGAGAUCAGCGUCGACAGCCUUGACUUCAGCAAGAAGAUCCUUCACACGACGUGGCACCCACAUGAAAACAUCAUUGCUGUAGCAGCCACCAACAACCUAUACAUCUUUCAGGACAAGGUCAACUAAAGGGCAGCCUGCCCCCUGCUGACCCUGCACCUGUAAGGGGCUGCUGUCUUGAAUUCCCCGACUCUGCUGAUGACGAGCAGGGUAAAAGUAUCCAGUGACUAAAGUGGGGGAAGUGGACACCACACGUUUUAGGAAGCAACAACUUGAUUCCUUGAAAUCAAGAAUGAACUUCUUCAAUUUGACUUCUAAUUUAAUUUAUUUAGCCAUGCGGACACCCGAAGAAUUGUUUCCCAUGCGUUUAUGCAACAAGAGGAUUGCUACCAUCACAUUAUGACGUAGCAGCACUCUGGACCCUAAGGACAGAGGCAGAUGUGGGCACACUGAACAGAAAAUAGAGCACACGGACAGAAACCAGGCCUACGUGAUGGUGGCUCACUGUCAUGUAGCAACAGUGCCCCCUGUCUUUUGGUCUGCUCAUGCUGCAAUCAUGUGAUCAACCCUGCAGCCUCUACGUGAGGCAAAAUUCCUGAACAGCGCAAUGUGCUGCAGAAGAGGAAAAGACUGUUAAUCUCUGACCCGCAGAAACUGAAUUCUCGCUGCCUGUGACACAACACAGUCAGUCUUUCUAGUACCAAUCUCGUGUCUCCUUGUGAGACUGCUGUAGUCUGUAAUGUGAAUGAAGCCCUUCCAGGCUGUGUCAUUGGGUUUUAUUUAACGCUUUUGUUUUUGUUGAGUCCUUCUCUCGGUCAAUGAGUCUGUUUAGAAGCUGUGGUGCCUUCUUUUGGUAUGUGGGGGUUCGAUGUAGUGGAGGGGAGGGAAGGGUCGGGUG